AACACGCACCGUGACUCUGACCACAUUCAAGGAAAGAGAUCUACGCUUUCCUCGAGCCACGCCGCACUCAACACAACUUCACCCGAGUUCCUCCUGCUCACCUUCCCCUCGACCACCGACCACAAUGUACCGAUCCACGAAAGGAGCUUCGAAAGCUCGGAGGGACCAAAUAAACGCAGAGAUCAGAAACCUGAGAGACUUGUUGCCCAUCACCGAUGCGGACAAGGCUCGCCUCUCUUAUCUACACAUCAUGUCCCUUGCCUGCAUGUACACGAGAAAAUCUGUCUUCUUCUGUCAAGAUGUAGCUGCAACUAGCGGUGCCGAGGAAAGCGCGAGAUUCUUCUCAUUUCACGAGCUCUCAGAGUUGGUACAAGCCAUGCCAGGUUUCCUAAUGCUACUGACCGGGGAAGGAAAACUACUUUACCUGUCGGACAGCGUCUCUGAGCACCUCGGACACUCAAUGGUAGAUUUGGUCGCCCAAGGGGACAGUGUGUAUGACAUAAUAGACCCUACAGACCACUUUAUUAUGAGGAGUAACCUGGUGCCUCCGACCUCACCUGAGACAGACCGACUGUUCCGUUGCCGUUUCAACACCUCAAAGUCAGUGCGCAGGCAAAGUGCUGGUAAUAAGCUUGUCCUGAUUCGGGCUCGCUGUCUGUCACCACCGCCUGGCCCUUCCGCACCAGGAUCCUACUGGACCUCCAACCCUGUAUGGGUGUGCUUCUGUGCACCUCUGGAGCCUCACCCACCCCGACCUGGCACCUCCACUGAACAAGCUUUGACCCCAUCGUUAGAGAGCAGUUUCCUCCUAUCGUGUUUCCGCUCACAGCACAGUCGUGACAUGAGACUACAGGACGCACAGGACAGUGUGAGUGUUUACCUGGGUAUGGAUGUGGAGGCCCUGCGCUCUCGCUCCUGGUACAGCCUUCUGCAUCCACAAGACCUUUCGCAUGCCUCAUCUCAGCACUGCAGUUUGUUGAGAGAAGGAGGAGAAGGCAGGGCUGAGAUGGUGGUACGCGUGGAAGCUGCAGAUCACUCGUGGGUCUGGGUUUACAUGGUCCUGCAGCUAGAGACAGGAGAGAACCCUAUCAGCAGCAACAACUACAUCAUCAGUGAGUCAGAGGCCUGGUCAGUGAGGCAACAGCUGAGCUCUGAGGAGACUCAGCUCUCUGUAGUGCUGAGCACCAGCACCAGCACCUCCCAACAAGACCCUGCAAGCUUGCAGAGUCCAGAGACACUCUCCAGUCCUGACCAAGUGUUCACACCUGGGAGCAGCGGUCUCUCGGGUCAGUCGUUUGACUUCAGCACAACAGUGUGCAGCACUGGCUCUGCGGAAGAGCAAGGUGCCAGCUCCUCAAUGGAAACGAUGCCAUUAGAGAGUGGUCCACGCUCCAGUCUCUCCUCUCUGGAGGAAGAGACCUUCUUCCAGCAGCCACCCAGUGAAUCAGUUGACAGGCCUUCAGCUGCUUCAUCCCCCGUCACAGUUGCCACAGUGUCAGACUUGGACUUCCUCACCCAAAACAUUCUACUUCCCCCAGCUUUCCAGGUAGAUCCUCCACUGCCUGCAUUGCCACUUCCUUUACCACCAGUGCCUACAACCCAGGCCCAGCAGACCAAGGAGUUUGUGUGCACACCUCCAUAUACGCCUCAGCUAGGCAGCAGCAGCUUCCCCUUUGGGGAACCCCUCUUCAGCUUUGAUCCCACUGGUGCCACCACACCACCACCACUUGCCCCAACUGCAACAGUUACAACUACAGUAGCUCCCUCUCUUUCUCCAUCUGCCCCCUCAAACCCACAAGGCAGCCCUGCACCUCCAACCACCACACUCUCCACCCUGCUGCCACUCACUCUGCCAGCUCCAGCAACAGACAUUCUCUUCCCCUCUGAGCCCUGCAGCAGCUCACUCUAUGAGAAGCUUCCUCCAACCCCAGACAGUCCAGGAGAUGGGGAUUGCACUAUUAUGACUCUACCUGAGGUUCGUGGUCCACUGUAUGUUGAUGUUCCUCACGGGCCACUCCCAUACCCACCUGAAGGCCUGCUCACACCUGAAGCCUCACCUGGAAAACAGCCCAGCCUAUCAUUCUUCUCCCUAGAGCGGGAGAGAGAAAAAGAAAGAACAGAAAUUUCCCUUUUAGCCCAGCACAUAAGCACGCUAGCUGAGGGGUUCUACCUGGACCCUCUCCUUUCCAAGCUGCUGCCCUCUUCCGUCUCUCCACGACCUCCAUCUCCCUCCCUGGACUCAGUGGGACUCGAGACGGUCUCGCUUCUGGGUGAAUUCUACCCAGUGAAAUCCUGGAGAGGCCUGGACCUGCCCAUCUUCCCAGACGACGACUCUCUGUUUGAAGAGAGUGUCUUAGAGACCCUCCUUAAAGACCUCUCCUCACCAUCACUCUCUCCCACUCCUUCUUCUCCCUCCAGUCCUCCUUCUUCCCCUUCAACUCCUGAGUGCUGGCGUCCACCCCUGCACUUUGAUGGGGUCUCUGCCGUGAGUGCCGGCCACUUCUGUAGCGUCCAAUCGGCGCACUGUAACCAUGCGGCCGGGUGCGGGGCUACGAUGUCGCCAAUCAACGCAGGUGACAUGGCGGAUGGGAAGGCGGCAGGCGAAGUUGCCAUGGAGACAGAGGUAGUGUCAUCGCCACUGUCUACCAGUAUCCCAGCGUCUCCACCGCUGCAGCUGACAGCCUCGCCCGUCUCUCCAGUGCCUGCCUCCUCACCCGCCAGCCCCGCAUCGCCUGGCCUGCCCUGCGCCCAGUCCCUCCUCGAGGAGCUGGCCGCCCUGGAACCCACGUUUGGGGCAGGUGCCUCGAUCGCCCCUGGCCUGGGGCAACAACCUGAGUUGUAUCAACUCCAAAGUCACCUGCCGCAACAGUGCUUCCACAAAGAUGGGAGUGGAAGUGAUCCUCCGUUCUAAAAUAAGUCUGUGACUUACUUCAUUAAGUAUGGCAUAUUGUCAUAUUUCA